CGUGCUCUCUCUCUCUGUCUCGAAGGAACGCUAGAAUCCGGAAAAGGAGGAUCUCGUUGAGCCGAAAGCUGAGCUCAAACUUUCCGGGCAAGUGAAGCGGAAGGCAGAGUGAAAGGUCAAUGGGUAUUGCGGCGGCUAUUGGAAUACUCUCACCGUUUCCGUUCUACUUCUGGCUGUGGACUUGGCCUCAGUCGUGGGUCGACCUUUGUGGUAAAGGGCAAGACCCAUCUAAAGUGAUGGCCCAUUUAGCUCAUUUCUUCAAGUUGGUUCAGUUCAUCUCCCUCUUCUCUGUUUCUUCCUUCCAUUGGCCUCCUCCUCUCUAUUUCUGGCCACUUUUUGCGUUUGGCCAGUUCCUCAACUUCAAGGUUUAUCGGCUGCUUGGUGAGGCUGGAACAUACUAUGGUGUUCGCUUUGGUAAAGACAUUCCCUGGGUAACAGAAUUCCCAUUUGGUGUCAUCAAAGAUCCUCAAUAUGUUGGCAGCAUUUUGAGCCUUCUUGCAUGUCUCUCUUGGGUUCCAUUUCAAUAUAUUCUCCUCUGGCUUUUAGGAUACGUGUUUAUGAUUCUAGUGGAGUCUAAGGAAGAUCCAUCCACUCGUGCCAAGCCACUCCUUUGACAUUUUUUUCCCCUCUCUUCUCUGUUUAGAUGACAUUUCUAUUCUGAUAAACAUGAUUAUUGAUAAUAAACUUGCGUAUUUGGUGAGUU